AUGACCCUGCCGUCCUCCCGUCACACCGCUGACUCCUCCCCGCCGCCGGAUGACCCUGGAUGCAGCCACACCUCCCCUUCAUACCACCUCCCAGCAUCCCGUCAGGCCAGGCAGACUCAUGCUGACAGGACAGGGCUGUCCUGUUCAAGACAGCUGGCUGAUGAUGAGAUUGAUGAGCUGCGUGAUGCUUUCAACGAGUUUGAUAAGGACAAGGACGGGCUGAUCAGCUGUAAGGACCUGGGGAAUCUGAUGAGGACAAUGGGCUACAUGCCCACGGAGAUGGAGCUGAUAGAGCUGAGCCAGAAUAUCAACAUGAACCUUGGCGGCAGGGUCGACUUUGAGGAUUUUGUAGACCUGAUGGCCCCGAAGCUUCUGGCAGAAACAGCUGGGAUGAUUGGCAUGAAGGAGCUCAAAGACGCCUUUAAAGAGUUCGACAUGGACGGAGAUGGAGAGAUCACGACAGAGGAGCUGCGGUCUGCCAUGACCAAGCUGAUGGGAGAGCACAUGAGCCGAAGAGAGAUAGAUGCCAUAGUGAAAGAAGCAGAUGACAACGGAGACGGCACAGUAGACUUUGAAGGUACAGUGACGUUAACAUCUGUAAAGAGUCGGGGGACAGAAGUGAAGUUUAAGCAAGUGAUGCAGAUGAGUUUCUGA